GAACCUCGUACGGAUAAAUAUACCUAUGUAUAGCGAGCGAUACAUACUAUAGAGCUUGUGUGUGCCUGUCUGUGUGCGUGUAGCCGAGGCAGCGAACUAUCUCUGGCAGCGGCGAGCGCGAGUGCCAAUUCAGUCGCACGCAGAACAUCGAGAGUUAACGUCAGCUCGCGUUGAGAGCGUUUUAUAUUGUUCGACGCAGCUCAGCGCACGAUAUCUCGCAUCGUCGUAUAGCCCUGGCCUGCUGUCUGUGUGUGCGGCGCGCGUGUGUGUGUGUAACGCCAAAAACGGAGUCGCGCACGGUGCAGCAGCACCCAUGCCCAAUGCGCUGCAGCAGCACACAUCUCUCGCGCGGCUGUGUCGUUGAUGAAUAACAAUAAUCGUCGUCUUGGUUGAGUCAACCGAGUGCUCGUCGUGUCCCCGCCGAGCAUAAUAUAUAAUAAUAACAACAGAGAAAUAAAACCGAGUGCGUGAGGUGAGCGUAUGUGUGCCGCGAACGUGUGUGCGUGUUGAGAGACUCGCUUGCUCGCCGGAGUUCCAUAUAGUGCUGUUUUGUGCCAGUGCUGUUUUCGCGUCUCUCGACCCGACUACCGACUAUAUUACUCGGUGGUGCGCCUUAUCAAAGCGAAGCGAGAGAUUAUUUCUGCCCCGUACUCUUCCAUAGUGCAGCAGUAACAGCAGCAGCAGCCGUCGUCGUCGUGUGUGCAGUUUUGUGUCUCUCGCUCGACUGUGAGUGUCCGUGUGUGUGUGCGUGUUAUUCGCUGUUCUCGUGCGAGAGCUGCGAUUCGUCCUCUGUGCAGUGUGUUGUAUUAUAAAGCGCCGAAAGAGGAGCGAGCGAGAGAGGAGAGCUCUCGAUAUAUAUAUAUUUAUAUGUGCUACGAGAGGGAGAGAGAGAGAGAAUAAAUCGUGUUCUUUCUGGGGCCUCUUUGAGUGGACAGCAGCAACAAUUGCAUCGAAUAAUAAAUAAAUAAAUAAAAAUCCAGAAAAUCAUUCGCCUGCAGCAGUCUCUCUUUCUUGCAUUAAUUACGCACUCUCGAUUAAAUUGCUCCCUCUGAGGUGCUGCAACACACCACUACACACACACACAAAGUGCAUAUAAUCUCGAGAUAUACAGUGCAGUUGCUGAAUGCAGAAAGAAUCGUGUUGUUGCCAAGAGCAGCAGCAGCAACGAGUGGUGCGUGAGUGUGUGCGUCGUUGAUUGAAUGUACAUGUGAAAGGUGGCGCGCGGCGGCUUUAGUAGCUGCAACGCUGCUGCCUGCCAGACUACGGCCGACGACAUUCCGAGCACUAUCGAGGACGGCCGGCUGCCCCAAGCAAACAUGACCUGCUGGGGUACCGAGCUUUGGGAUCAGUUCGACAAUCUAUCCGUCCACACGCAGAAGGGGAUAGAUUUUCUCGAGAGAUAUGGACACUUUAUACGGGAUCGCUGCGCCAUCGAGGAGGAGUACGCAACGAAACUCAGAAAUCUGGUCAAACGCUACCAGCCGAAGAAAAAGGAUGAAGAAGACUACCAAUACAGUCCGUGCAAAGCCUUCCGUAAGGAGCUGAACGAGGUGAACGACCAGGCGGGCCAGCGCGAGGUCAUCGCCGAGAACCUGCAGGCCAACGUUCUGCGAGAGCUCGGACUGCUCGUCAAGGAGUUCAAGGACGACCGCAAGAAGUACCUGCAGGAGGGCGUGAGGCUGCGCACCUCCCUGGCCAGCCAGAUCGGCACCCUCGAGAGGGCGCGCAAGGCCUACGAGAAGGCUUUCCGCGAGUCGGAACGGGCCUCCGAGAACUACCAGAAGGCCGAUGCCGAUUUAGACUUGUCGCGCGCUGAGGUGGAAAAGCAGCGCAUGAACAUGAAUCUAAAGACGCAGCAGAGCGAGGAGGCGAAAACGGAGUACGCGAAGCAGCUGCAGACGACCAACGACAUGCAGAACAUGCACUACAACUCGUCGAUGCCCGAGGUGUUCGCGAAUCUGCAGGAGCUCGACGAGAAGCGAAUCAAGAACAUGCGCAACUACAUGCUGAAAUCGGUGGAGAUCGAGCGCGCCGUGGCGCCCAUCAUCGCCCAGUGCCUCGACGGCAUCGAGAAGGCCGCCAACGAGAUCAACGAGAAGGAGGACACGCUGCUCGUCAUCGAGCGCUACAAGAGCGGCUUCCAGCCGCCCGGCGACUUUCCCUUCGAGGAUCUCUCGGCGGCCAAGAUGCAGAUCGACGGCAACAGCAAGCUCAGCCAGCCGGUCAUGCAGCCGAUACACAAUCACCUCACGGUCAAGGGCACCAUGUCCGGCGGUAAAAUGAAGAAGCGCGUCGGCAUUUUUAAUAUUUUCAGCAGUAACAAGAAGUUGAUCGAGGUGUGCAUAGCUUUGAAGAACAACGUGCCCGGCUACGGCGACGGCCAAAAGGAGGACUACAGCGACCUGCCGCCGAAUCAGCGCAAGAAGCGCCUGCAGCAACGAAUCGACGAGAUCCAGGCGAAAAUUCAGCAAGAGUCGGCGGCCCACGACGGCCUGACGAAGAUGAAGGGCGUGUACGAGCAGAAUCCGGCGCUGGGCGAUCCGCUGACGAUCGAGAGUCAGCUCACUCAGUCGACCAACAAGCUCGAAAAGCUCGCCGCCGACCUGGCCAAGUACCAGGGCUAUCUCGACGAGGCCAUCAAAGCCGGCGUCAACUUAUCCAGUCCAAGCCAACUGCAGAGGAAACCAACGACAAACGGCUCGGCGACGCGGCCGCUGAGUUCCAGAAGAUCGAGUCAUUCUGGAGGCGAGGAAAGCUUGUCGAGAUCCGCAUCGGACUCGAGCGUGAGCAAUGCCACUGCCAAUCAAGCGAACAAAAAGAGUGCCCCGAGCACGCCACAGCCGACCCAUGGUUCCACGAAUAGCCCGGAGUCUGGACUUGGCACCUCAAGGACGUCCCUGCCCGGUAGCGGUGGCGAAGAAUACUACGUUGACGAAGUCGACGCCCAACCUCCCCUGGGAACUUGUAAAGCUUUAUAUCCCUUCGAUGCCACGAGCGAAGGAUCCAUACCAAUGUACGACGGCGAGGAGCUAUACAUGAUCGAACUGGACCAAGGCGACGGAUGGACCAGAGUACGCCGCAUCUCUCAACCGAUCGAAGGUUUCGUGCCGACGUCUUAUAUAGAAUGCCACCUGUAUAAUACAUAGUCCGAGUAUGAGUACGAGCCAAUAAUAUCGAGCGAAACAGAGUAAAUGGCUUGUUGAAAAAAAAAACGAUUGAAUAUUCGCGAAAAAGAUGUACUUGUGAGAUUACCUACAAGAAAGAAGCUGCUAGAUAUCGACGGUUCAGUGCUUUUAUGAAGCCAGCUCAUAACGUUUUAUCAAACGAAUUGGGCGCAAGUGAUUUAUAAUGAUGAUAAAUCGAUGCCCGACAACGACGAAAACAAAAUGACAUCCAUUCAAUGUGAUCUUGUAGAUGUAGCUCGAACGAAAAAAAAUGAACGAAAACCGAAGAGACGCGAAAUAGUUUCGUGCAAUUUAUGAAAUAUUUUUCUUCUUACGUAUGUGCAGUAGUCAUUAGACAUGAACCAACGCUCACCCAGCCAUAGAGUGGUCAAUCUAAAUGUGCGAAGAUACUCGGACUUAUGGUAAUUAUUAGACGCAGCGUCGUGCGCGAUAAUGAAAAAAUGAGUGAUUUUUGAUUGCGAAAGUAAAUCUGUUUGAUUAACAGGUCCGUGUAAUCUUUCGAGUGUGAGUGUGAUAUACAUAUAUACAAUAAAUGUAACAUGAAAUUACUAUAUCGUUGUGAAAGCAUUUCACGUGUACACUUUUACGAGCCGAUGAAUUGUGCCGGAAGAGUCGUUAUCAUCGGUAAAGUAGUAAUUCAAAUCGAAGCAUUGAUAUUUUUCUUGUAGCGCUCUGCGAAAAUUCACUCUUUCGGCACUAUCCAAUGACAUAUAGAAAUUAUCGCUCAAAUAUAUCGCUUAGAAAAACAAAAUGUAACACAUUUAAGAUGGUUCUGAUUAUGAAUUUUGACGAUAAAAAAUAGAUAACGUACUGUUAAGUGUAAAUAAAUAACAUGUGUUGUCAUCGAGACAGAUAAAAAUAUAGUGAAAACGGGAAAAGAGUAGAAGAUAUAUACUUGCGAAAAAGUGCCAGAAUCGGAACAGAACACAGAUUACGAGUUUUCUCUUAUAGAUGGAAUACAAUUAUAUUUUUUUGUUAUAUUUUUUUACACGAUUAACGCAAAGGUAGUAGUAUUACGUAAAUAUUGUUAGAGGCACGAUUUUCUUAAAGCAUUGGGCAAUGCUAGUCAAAGCAGAUGAGUGUCGAAAAACUUAUUUACUAGAUUUUUUAAGGGUAUGACAGAUAGCGUAGCAUAGCUUUAAAAAUCGCGAUUCUGAUUUGCUGGGAAAUAGUCUUUUUAAUAACAGCAUCAGAAAAAGUAAUUUAGCAUUCAAACUGUCGAAUUUCAAAUGAGAACUUUGAGAUUACAAUUUCAAUGUUAUAUUAUUGAUAAAAAAGAAGUUUUAAUUUACUGUUGUCCGAAAAAGAAACUAGUAGCUUUAGAAAAUACUGAUAUUAUAUUAAUUUUCGUCCAUUAAAUGUAAAGCAUUGAGAAAUUUGUUUUUGCCAUUGUAUCGUAGUUUUAAUAAUUACAUGCAACUUCGAUACGUAUUUUUUUUUAAAGAAAGCGAGCUUAAUGUGGUUAUGCACUGUAUAAGUUAGUAGUGUUAUUCAAAAUUAUAAUAAUUGAGUUUAAUUUGUAUUAGAAAUAUUUAAUUGUAGACUUUCUUUAUGUAAGCUGUAUAUUAAAUGCAAGAGAAAACUGCAACUGUCGCACAGUUGCAGAGUUGUUUUUAUUUAAUUCUAAAUGAGACAACUCGUAAUUUCGUGAGAAUAGGUGUUCAUGCAUCGUAGAUCCGAUUGUGCAUUCAAUUCAAUUGCAAACAUGUGUAACUUCAUAAAUGUACAUGUACGUGUAUAAUGUAUAUAUAUUAAAUAUGUUAUUGAUUAUAUCGUUAAAAUGUAGCUUUCAAUUAAGCAAAUGAGCACUAGAAGUAGCGUUUAAUUAGAAUGAAAUGUGUUUUUGAACGAUUAUAGAGGCAUUUUUACUUGUUUCGUUUGUUUCUCAGAUGCGUUCUAUUUUACGUGAAAAAAAUAUUCAACAGCCAUUAUUGCUUGCUGUGUUACAGCAGCGAUAAUAGCACCCUUCAAAUUUGAAACGAAGAAUAUUAACAUGAUAUAUUUUAAGACUUUUUGUAAUUCAACGAUAAACAAAAUCUUGAGAAAAGGGUGCAAAUCGUUUGAUUAGAAAAGUGGUGUUAAUUUUUUCGUGUAACUGGCCACGGCGAUACGAUGUUAUUUACUAAUUAUAUAUUAUAAUAAAAACUAUUGAUCAAGCGCGAAAGUAUAUAAUAAUAAAAUUGGCCGUAAACAAAAAUGAUAACUGAGGUUGUAAUAACGGCCGAUAUAUAUGAAUUCGACAUGUUUCUAAAGCAAUGUGUCGUUUCUUUGUAUAUUUUGUGAUUUUUUUACUCUAUACAUUAACACUAUACAGUGAUUAAACAUUAAGACAAAAACAAUGUAGAUAAAUUUAACUCUUACACGGCGAAUCAUAUAAUUUUAAUUAUUAACAUAUGAAUACAUACAAUUAUAUAUUAAUGAUUGAAAUGAAGAAAAAUUAUAUAGGUACUAAAAGCCAAUUAUAAAUUCUUAUUUACUCCGAGAAAUCCGUGUGAAUUUUGAUAUUCAUGCUCGUAGCAUCUCGAUGAACUUUAUUGUUCUUCCCUAACUAUUCACCUAUUUGUAAGUUUACCUUUUAGAAACGAUUCUAAAGUUAUACAUAUAUGAAAAAAAAAGAAAAAAAGAAAACUGAACAUACUCCGCUUCUUGUGACCUACUGUAUCGUACCGCAACUCGUCGAUCGUUUAAUUUUGUUGAUGAAUGAACUUAAACCUGAAAUCCCAGUUGCUUUCGAAAAGGCUGUCAUUCGAUAAAAACGUUGGCUUUAAUUUUUCAUCCUUGUACUGUCUAUUAUCUUAUCAUUUUAAACAACUGUACAAAGCUUUUAUGAAUAUUCAUUUCAUUGUGUAUAAAUAAAUGAUUGCGAACAUUCAUCGCAAUCGAAUUAA